AUGCUCUAUGCUGGAGCAAGUUCACAUCUCUUCUGCGUUCUGUUGCAAUGGUGUCAGUUGGACUGCACGCGCCCGUAUUCUCUAGUGGGCAGAACUAUACUGUUCCUCAAGGUUGUGGAUAUGCUGUUGGAACAUGAUCCCUGGAACACUCAUCUUCCAAGGCUGACGGUAUCUGCAGAAAUUGUCAAAGAACUUGGGAGGAUGCCUUGCCUUGAAGAGGUGGGUUUCAGUUUGGUUUUGGGUCUUGACGAAUCAUUUAAGACACUUUCGCAGGGUUUUGUUCUGGAUAACCCAUAUUCUAGGAGGUUUGGCACCCUCAAGAAGCUUAGGCUGUGCACAGCAACUGUGGAACAUACCACAGUGAUUUUGGAAAUUAUUGGCUCCUAUUUGAUAGAGGACCUUGUGCUGUGGGUAGAUGGACCUGUGUCGGUCCUUGCCUUCUACUCGAUUGUGGAACUAUUGUCUUCCAACCAGACCAACAAAGAUCGGCUGAAGUUCAUCAAUAUCAAAAACUUCAAAUUCACAGCAGAGAAUUUUUUUUCACAGCCAUUUGACCCCGUACCACUCAGCCAAGGAGUUCCAGUCUCUAUGAUAUCUCCAUUAUUCGCACUACAUGCCUUACAUAGCUUCAAGAUCAAUGUCAUGGAUACAGUAGUUGCUGGUCAUGCUAUUGGCGGGCUGAUGUCAGCAUUUUGCAGAGAUGACCUAGAGACCAUUCCUCAGGCAUGGAAUGAUAUCAAGGAACUAGAGUUGCAAUGGCUGAGAAGUGGCACAGAGAAAGACACACAUAUUGAUGAUGACAGUGAAAUAUGGGAAUCAGAGGGACCUACUCUGGCCAAAGUUGUGCUCCUGGCCAGCCGGUGUGAGAAACUCUUUUCUCUAGGAAUAUGGUUCAAUGCCCAGGACUGGUUUGGUGAUGACCUGAAUAUGGAUUCCAAUGGAGAGGUAGAAUCAGAAGAUCUGGCAACAUUAUACGAAAAUCAAGAAAGACGUACCAAUACCCAGGGUGCAUCAUCUCAUACUGCUGCCAUCAGCGCACAUUUAGAUCACUCGAACGAAGGACUGUCAUCUACAUCAGGCAAUUGA